CACCUUCUGAUAAUGAAAAGCUUGGAAAAUGGAAGAUAGAAAUAAAAGAGUCUAAUCUUGUGAUAAUGACAGGGAGACCCCUUUUGAGUGGGUAAGGAGGAAAGUCCUAAUCAAGGGAUGGUGCUGAGCACUCAAGCUUAUAUACACAAUAUCAUCAAAAGGACAAAGAUAUAUAUCAAACAUGGAUGUUCCAACUACCAUCAGUUGAUCCUCUUCAAAUAACAACAUUCCAGUGAAGUGGACGCGAAGAAACAGACUUCAAACCCCAUGAUUUUUUACCUUGUUUUAAAAGGAACUCCAUCUCUGUCACUAGCUACUACUCCUGCUAAGCAUGGACAAAGAAGAGGGCAAAUUGGUUGUCAUGGGACGAGCUGAGAUUGAUACCCGACCACCCUUCCGGUCGGUUAAAGAUGCCGUCAUGUUGUUCGGAGAACGAGUUCUAGCUGGCGAGAUUGCCAAUAAACUCAAAAAGAUUGAAGCAAGUGAAAGUGGGCACUCACAUUCCAGAAUGGGAGCUUUAACAGCUGAGCUAGAGGAAACGAAACUUGGCCUCCAGAAAGCAAGAGAAGAAGCUGAACUAAUGGCAAACUGCAUGAGAUCACUUAGAGAAGAACUAGAACAAGCAAAGAAAGAGCUACGAUGGCUAAAGGCAAAGGAAAUGUUUAAGAAGCAACCUAUUAUUAUUGAUGAUCCUGAGAUUGAAGACCUCAAGUUCAUUGAAAAUGCAACCAAAAUGGAGAUGAAGAACCGAACUAUUGAUUAUGAUAAUGAUGACGACGACGACGAUGCUGAGUUUGGAAAGAAGAGAUAUGUGAAAUUUGCUAGUCCUCCUUCAUUGGCUAGGAUCAUUGUUACGAAAGAGGAAACUCCCUCAACUAAAAAGACCAUGAAGAAGUCACUAGUGCCUAUUUUAGGAUGGCUAAGAAUUUCAAGUAAAAAGGGAAACCAAGAGGCUGAAUCUCCCAGAAAUUGAGAUGCAAAAAUAUUUCAUCAACAGAAAAUUGGGUAGUUUCACAUAUUAAGUUCUGUUUUGCUUCAGAUGAUCUUAAAAGCAUGCUCUCAAAGUAUUAAUAAGUGAGAGUUUUUAUUUUUUGGUCCAAAGAGAUUUUUUUUUUUUUUUUUU